GUAGGGGGCCCAGUAGUGCGAAGCUGGGACAGGGAGAGAGCCAACAGGAGCAGCCCAGGGAAAGGUGUUAAUUGAUGAGCUUCGGAUGCUGACGUCACACCGUGCUGGCUGUGAGACUGAGGCUGCAGGAGGUCUGAGCUGUAACAUUAUCUGCAGCUUUUGAGCAGUAGCAGACACAGCACAGAGCCAGGACCAUCACUUGUGGAGGAGAGAGGGGACCUCCAGCCCGGAGUCACGCGCAGCUAUUGUAUCCAAGGGGAAGGAGGGGGGAGAGAGAGGGAGAGCUCAUCAAGUCAUGCAGGAUUGACUGCAUAGGGGAAGGUAAUCGAUGGCAAAGCUUUGAAUCUGAAUUAGCCUGGAAAGCAAAAGGAGAAGAAAGGAGAGGAGGAGGAGGGGGGCAAUACACGGAAUCUGGUGAGGAAGAUGGAGCUCACAAUGGAGAAUUUAGGGAACCUACACAGUGUGACCCACUCUCAGGCUGGGGAUAUAAUGAGCUCCUCACACAGCAGGCAGACAUCCCACAGGAACCUGGUGUCCCACGGCCGGCCUGCUAUGGUAACCAGCAUGUCUUCUAUCCUGGACGGAGCGGAAUACAGAUCUGAGCAUACCCUAGGCGGCCCUUUGCAUCCAGCCAUGAACAUGUCCUGUGAAUCCCCAUCGGGGAUGAGCCUCAGCAGCACCUACACCACGCUAACCCCCCUGCAGCACCUGCCGCCCAUAUCCACCGUAUCGGACAAAUUCCACCAUCCGCACCAUCACCACCACCACCAUCACCACCACCAGAGACUGGCUGGCAACGUGAGCGGCAGUUUCACCUUAAUGAGGGAUGAGAGAGGGCUGGCAUCCAUGGGAAACAUCUACGGCCACUAUCCAAAGGACAUGACAACUAUGGGGCAACCGCUGUCUCCUCUCUCCAAUGGCCUGGGCACUUUGCACAACUCACAGCAGUCACUGGGGCCCUAUGGCCCAGGAGGACACUUGAGCAAUGAAAAAAUGCUGUCACCCAACAGCUUCGACUCCCAUGCGGCCAUGCUUUCGAGGAGUGAAGACCACCUGACCAGGGGCUUGGGUGGCCCAGGUGCUGGCAUGAUGCCACCUUUAAAUGGAAUGCACCCACAUGGUCACCACCACGCCUCAUCCAAUGGCUCCCUCCUCGGUGACAGAGAAAGGCAGGCGUCCACCUCUCAGGCUGGAGGCAAUGGUCAAGUGGAGGAAAUUAAUACCAAAGAGGUGGCUCAGCGGAUCACUGCAGAACUCAAGCGAUACAGUAUCCCACAAGCCAUCUUUGCCCAGAGGAUCUUGUGCAGGUCACAGGGAACCCUGUCUGAUCUCUUGAGGAAUCCAAAACCUUGGAGUAAGCUUAAGUCUGGCCGAGAGACCUUCAGAAGAAUGUGGAAGUGGCUUCAGGAGCCUGAGUUUCAGAGAAUGUCUGCUCUCAGGCUGGCAGCUUGUAAACGCAAAGAACAAGAACAGCAAAAGGACCGCAACCUUCAGCCCAAAAAGCAAAGGCUGGUCUUCACCGACCUUCAGAGACGGACCUUGAUUGCCAUUUUCAAAGAAAAUAAGCGUCCAUCCAAAGAAAUGCAGAUUACCAUCUCUCAGCAGCUAGGCCUUGAGCUUAACACAGUCAGUAACUUCUUCAUGAAUGCACGUCGACGGUGCAUGAACCGGUGGCAAGAAGAGCCAGGGUCAAAUCCUGGUAUACCUUCUGCAUCCACAAGCACUUUCUCCAAAGCAUGAGUUGUCAUCUUUUUCUAGGAAAUCCUCAGUUGCAUCAGACAAAAUAUUGAGAAAACACCAAACAAAACCACAAAUAAUUCCUCUGAAGAAAAAACCAAAGAGCAUCUACUUAAAAAGAAAAGAAUAACUGCUGCAGACAAAGUGUGGGUGCCACACGACUAGCUCCCUAGAAAAUAAGGUUGAAUGAGUUUUAAAAUGGAAGAAAUGGAUACAACAUUUUAAGAGUUAUGAUGUGUUGGACUCAAAAUAUGCAAUUUUUAAAACAGAAAAUGAAUUCAUAAUUUUCAUUAACAAAGGUAGCUGGUAUGACUUUGUUAUACCUAAAACAUGUAAAAAAAAUAUCAGGCUGCAUCUCUUAAAGGAGGCACAUUUAACUUGCUGCUCUUUCUGAAUUCCAAAUACGUUUUUCACCAAAUAGAGGCAAAAAAAUUAGUCAUCUAUGAUCUACAAAGAAAGAGGACAGCUUAAACUAGAGAUUCUACAAGCACAUUUUAACCGGAUAAGGCAAGCUUCCGUUUGUUAACCUAUGCGUUAAUUUUUAUGGAGAAAGUGGCCAAACUGAUUUGAUUUCAAUCCAUAAAACUAUGAACCACCUCAGAAAGUCUCACAACCCAGACCGACAACAGCGAGAUUUAUUUAAAUAUUAUUACAUUUUCAAACUAUUUGACAAAAAAGACAAUAUCAUGUACAUUUUGGACAAAACAGAAUGUGUGCAAGUUUGAAUGGGAAACAACUAGUGGAGUUUAUUCUAACAGGAUGGUCAGUUUUUAGUGCCAAUAACAACUGCCUUAAUGCUGUCUAUAGGAGAUGGUACUAUACCAAAGAUAAAUUAAACUUUCCAAGGUGUCUCCUAAGUAUGACAUGUAAAAAAAAGACUUCAUACUCUUUUGAACCUCAUUAAUACUGGAGAGCUCUUUAGGAUCAUUUGUUCAUGAAGAAGACAAUAUUUGAAAACAUAACUGCCCCAUUUUAGUUGUAGGAGGCAGAGAAUUAAAAUCUGUCUAAAAUGGGAAGGUGAUGGUUGUCAAGAGGUUAAUGAACUUUAUCAAAAUGAUGCGGGUAAAUAUAUAUAUAUAUAUAACUGUACCAUCACGUGUGUGUUUUAAAAAAAUGGAUUUACUUCAAUUAACUUUAAGGCAAAUUGUGUGCUCAUCAAGUAGGCACCAAUAUUGAAAUAAAUAUAUGUAUAUAUACAAAUUGAGAAAAUUGAAAAGUAAACCUUUCAUAAAAAACAGGAGAACCAAUUGAGAAAUAUCAUUUUUUUCUACAUGGUGUUUGGAGAAGAGCAAAAGAUUGCUAAAUAACAAAGAACGGAAAAAAGGAAAAUGAACAGUAAAUGAAUCUAGAGAAAAAAAACGAAUCUGUUUUGCCAAAGAAAAAAAUAUCCUAGAAACAAAAACGUUUUUCCCAUAAGAUCUAAGGAUUCAUAAACCAGACAGAGAAGUAAAAUAUUAAACCUGGUGCUGAUGUUUUACUUCCCUGCUGCUCCACAAUAAGUGGACAUUUAAGACUUUUCUAGUGAGAACCUCAAGGAAAAGGCUACCUCACUUGAAUUUUUCAUUAGUGAUUGAACAAUCACACUUGAUACCAAAGAUUUUGUUCUUACUUGCCUGGUCUGUGCUGAAAUGCACUUUUUACUGCUAAAUGUGCCAUAUUUCCACUGGCUUUAAAUGAAAUGUAUAUAUUCUAAACCCCAGUUUUUCACAUUUUUUAAAAAUCAAGUCUAAUAUAUGUGUUUAACUUAAGGUAGAAAUGAAGAUUGUGUGCAAAGUAAAAUCUUUAGGGCAGGCUUUAGGGCUUGUUUUUUUUUUUUUUCAGAAAGACACUUGUAAUCGUUCCAUAGCCUAACUUCCUAACUCCUGUGGUAAACCCGAUCCACAACAGUCCCCAGAAGAGUGAGGCCACUAAAAUGUUAUACAGUAAUGACAAAAUGACAACCCCCGUAACACCAAUUCAGUGUUAAAGGAGAUAUACACAUGGACUAAAGGGCACUAAUGCUAGAAAAAUGCCAAAGCUCUUGCAUGCGUAAAUAAGUAAUGAAAACUUUUCUAUGAUCCCUUAAGUAUGAUCUUUGGAAUCAUUUUAUAUUUUUCGUUAUGAUGAAGGAAUCAGCUUCUGCUUUGCCCAUUUCACUUCCUGUUUAUGUUAUAUGGGUGUUACAUAUAAAGCCAAUAGGUUUCAAGUAACUUACUAAAAGCCUGGCUAGGAGACGGGCUUUUGACUCCUUUAUGGUAUCUGCCUCUCAAGAAAAUAUUUCUUUCGACACAUAUUAUAUUACAUAUUAAGCCAAUUUCUCAUACCUUCUCUAUUGUGUAACAAAAAUGUUGUAGCCUUCAGAAAAACACUCUGAAGGAUCAUCAAACCAGUCUACUGCUAUAAGGGCAAUUUGCAUUUCCGCAUUAGUGUUAUAAUGAUUAUCAUGGAGGGGUUUCUGAGAAAUGAACUUGUUUGUUUACAUUUGGGUAAAGGAUUAAUAGAAUUUUUCUUGACAGAUUGUAAAUGGAAAAAAACCACUGCAGUAUCAGUAUGUCUACUCAAAAGGAACAGCACUUGCUUGUGAUCUAUUUCUUUCUACACUGGAUUAGCUAGAAAGUAUACCUGUGCAUAUAGAUAGGUCUUCAGAGGCGGAUCCUCAUGGGAAUAUACAUUUUAAUGCCCAAGAGCCAUAUAUAACCUUUAAAUCCCUGUAAAUAUAUGCGUUACAAUAGGUGCUUAGUAAUGUAAUUUGUACCACAUGACUCAUUGAAAAGUGUAUAUUAUAACAAAUACAUUAAUACGUCCCUUGUUAUUUAUCAUGAGGAUGUUAGAGGUCACCUCAGAAUGCCAACCUCUGUAUAAUAUAUGGCCAUGGAAUUCCUCUUUGACCUUAAAUACCCACAUACAGUGGUACAUUAGUUUUAUAUAAUGUGCCAAUCAGUACAGCACAGGGCUGAGAUAUGAUGGGACAUGGUUUCCUUAAUUACUAAUUCUGUCAGUGGGUGCUUAUGGGUGUUCCUCCUCUGUGGCCACACAAGCCACUUCAUAGAUUGGCGUGUCAAACUUGUAUUGUCUAUCUAAAUAUACACACACAAAUGACAUUGAAAUUGAUAUUAUGAACUAUUAUUAUGAAUGUACAUUGGAAGGGAUAUAUGAUUUGUAAAUGUUGCAUGCUGUCUUUUUCAUUGUCAAGGGUUACUAACUUUAAUGCUUUUUAUAGGGUGCCAUUUACUAAAAAUCAGGCAGUAAAUGGAGCUUAGAUCUUUGUGAUAACAAGCAAACAUGGUUGUGUGGCUGGCCAAGUGGGUUUCAGUGUUGUGAACUAUUUUAUCUUCAGUGAGAAAAUAAUAUUAGCUGGCACUUCAGGGAUGACGAAUGGGCUUGUCUUUAGUAUUGCUUAGUUGCUUGAGUCAUCUUGCUAAUAUUUAAAGGGAAACUCUGGCUUCCAAACCAAAAUUUGAUAAAGAGGCCCACAUAACACAUAAACCCCUAAUAUACCCAUCACAGU